CUGUUGACUAAGAGGGUUCGGAAAGUUGGGAAAUUAUAUUGUCUGUCAGUUAGGACGGGACUUAAUCUGAAGAGACGAUCGUUCCAUGGAGAACUGUUAAAUGGUACAGCCUGACAUCAUCCUAUUCAGGACACACAUACAGUUGUACCAGCCUGUCGUUGAAAUCUGAUCAUGUCGACACAAACAUGUGUGGCGUGUUUGACGUAAAUAUGGGUGUUACUGCGGAACUUUUGCAAAACACUUUAUGAUUAAUCCGCGACACCUUUUUAAAGGAAUUUAUCCAGACAGUAGUCUUAAGCACAAUGAAGCUACAAUGCGACGUCGAAGUUAUAAAUCGGAUGCUGCCAACGUUUGGACUGAAAAGCAGAGGCAAAGGAGACCGAGCGUUGUUGUCUAUAGGUAAACAUGUAGACAAGACCACUCAACGUAGCAACAUUUAUUUGUUAAUCUGCACAGCAAAGGACAGGGCUGGUUCUAAAUUUAAGUUAAAGGAGAAUAUUGAGAAAUUCUUCACAAGGUUUAUUGAGGAGGGUAAAGCUACGAUGAGACUGAAGGAACCAGCUGUGGACAUUUGUCUGAGUAAGGCCGAUGCCAACAGCUUGAAGAAUUUCCUGUCUGCUGCCCGUCUGGCGCACAACGGAAGCAACACAGACAGUCUCCCCUUAUCUAACCUCACGCCAGUCCGCGCCCGGGACGUGGAGAAACCGAAGAAAAAACUGACCAUCGUUUCCAAGAAGGACUACCCACUCACCUCCAACUUUCCCUACUCGCUGGAGCAGCUCCAGGUCUCCUACUGUAAACUGUCCCGGAUUGACAUGCGCAUGCUGUCCCUCAAAGCUCUGCGCAAACUGGACCUCAGCAACAACCACAUAAAGAAACUUCCGGAUACCAUCGGUGACCUUGGUUGCCUGACUGAACUGAUUCUCCACAAUAACCAUCUGGAGAGCUUCAGCGAGGCCCUGUGCCUGUCUAGCCUUCAGCGAACUCUGCAGCAUCUGGACCUGAGUCAGAAUCGCCUGCAGGUCCUGCCCGCCCGGUUCUGCCAGCUGCGCGAGCUGGUGAACCUCAAACUCGACGACAACAAGCUGAUGAGGCUGCCGUUCCGCGUCGGACAGCUUUCCAAAAUGCGGUAUCUCUCGGCGGCCCAUAACCAGCUGGCCGUGCUGCCCAGCAACUUCCGCAAGUUGACGCUGGAAAACUUGGACCUCUUUGGGAAUCCUUUCACCCAACCCAAUCCCCUUGACCACUCCAUCCGCCUCACGUUUCCCCUCACACUACUGGAACUGGCCUCUCGAGCCGUUGUAGACCUCAGAAUUCCUUACGGACCCAGCAUCAUUCCAUUCCACCUGUGUCGGGAGCUGGAAGCGGCCAAAGUGUGCGACUGCGGACGAGCCUGUCUGAGCGCCUACAUCCAGACGACCUUUAGCAUGAACCUGCACAUGGUCUCUCACACCGUGGUUCUGGUGGAUGACAUGGGCGGAACCGAAGCCCCGGUACAGAGGCAUUUCUGCUCUCUCGUCUGUUACUGCGAGUUUCUGGACAGCUGUGUCCAACGGGGGCUCAGAUGA